AUGAAUGUGGCUCACACUCAUCAUCAACCUUCUUCAAAUGAAUUUAUCGUUUAUCCAAAUCAAAAAGCUGUACCGUUCGUUUCUGCAACACCAAAUCUUAUACGACUAAACAAAAAAUGGCAAGAACAACUAAAGACUGAGAAAGAACGAGUUAGACGAAAUUUAAUUACAGGCAACUAUGACAAAGAAGAUGAUACAUUAGAUUUACAUGCUGCAAAAGAUGCCGUUGUAACAGUGGUGAAUCCAAAUAAUUAUAAAAAUAACAAUUUUGAAAAUUAUGGCUCGAUUCUUCCAGUGGUCUCCGUUGCAACAAACUUUCCCACUCCAAAACCUAUCGCUGAUGAAUUUACAUUAAAUAGAGAACAACGAGCUGCAUUCAUGAUCAUUAUAAGCCAUUUUGAUGGUGACAGUAGAUGUCGUACAGGUGAUAAUAAUGGUCAACUUAUAAUGUGCAUACCUGGAUGUGGCGGUACAGGCAAAUCACAACUUAUUCAUGCUCUUAGUAAAUAUUUUCUUAUUACCCAGUCAGACAAAAAUUUUGAAAAACGCGUUUAA